CUGGUGUCAGGGUGAGGAGACCACAGCUCGCAGCAGUGGGGGUGUUCUCCAAGUUUUUCUUUUUCUUUUUUUUUUUCUUGUCCUUGCUGCUGAGACAAGGGGGGAUGCUGUUCUCUGCGCUGACUUGGGCUGCAUCCCUUAGUCGUGUGUAGCGGAAAGUGUGCUGCUGCUGCUGCUGCGCUCGCUGCCUGGGCUUUAAUCGAGGACAAAAAGCCACUGACGGAUAAGGCUAAGAUAACACUAAUCGCUGGUCCGGCCGCACCAUGAGGGUGGCCCUUCUGCUCUGUAUGCUGACACUGGGCAGCAGCAAAUACUACCAGCACGUCGACGUCAUGGACAUCAUGAGAAACUACGACGUCAUGAUGGCUGAUUCCGAUGACGACGACGAUGACAAUAAUAACAACUACGACGAUCAAUACGACAGCUGUCCCUUGGGCUGCCAUUGCUCACCCAGAGUGGUACAGUGCUCUGAUCAAGGUCUGAUCAACGUGCCAGCCAAGCUUCCGAGUGACAUCUUGAUGAUCGACCUCCAAAACAACGACAUCACCCAGAUCAAGGAAAACGACUUCAAAGGCCUGGACAAGCUUUAUGGCCUGUUCCUGAUCAACAACCGGAUCUCAAAGAUCCACCCGAAUGCCUUCAAGAACAUGAACCGCCUGCGCCUGCUCUACCUUUCCUACAACUUCCUGACGGAGAUUCCGGCCAAUCUGCCGCCCAACAUCAUCGAGCUGCGCUUCCACGAGAACAAAAUCAACAGGAUCCAGAGGGACGCCUUCAAAGGCCUCAAGAAGCUCCACGUGCUCGAGUUGGGCGCCAACCCGCUGGCCAACAGCGGCAUCGAGCUGGGAGCCUUCAAUGGCCUGGCCACGCUCUACGUGGGGAUGGCCGAGACCAGGCUGACGGCCGUGCCCAAAGACCUGCCCUCCUCCAUCACAGAGCUCAACCUGGAAUACAACAAGGUCUUGAAGGUGGAAGUGGAAGACUUCAUCAGAUAUAAAAAUCUGCAGAGACUGAGCCUGAGCUUCAACCAAAUCCGCUUUGUGGAGAACGGCAGUCUGGCCAACAUCCCCAACAUCCGUGAGAUCCACCUGGACAACAACAGUCUGAAAAAGGUCCCGGCGGGCCUCAGCUCCCUGCGCUACCUUCAGGUGAUUUUCCUCCACGCCAACAAAAUCACCAGCGUGGGCGUCAACGACUUCUGCCCUAUUCGAUUCGGCGAGAAAAAGAACUUGUACAGCGGCAUCAGCCUGUUUGCCAACCCCGUCAAGUACUGGGACAUCCACCCCGCCACCUUCCGAUGCGUCGGCGGACGGCAGGGCGUUCAGCUCGGAAACUUCCGCAAGUGAUGGACAGCGAGCUAGCGACCGUCCGCCAAACUGGGGAGAGCCGGAAAUGAUCCCGACUUAAUCCAAAUUCUCAUACUCAGAGGUGAAACAAACGGAUGUGAAAAUUUCACAUCAUAAUUAUAAUGGACUGCAAUUAUCCUGAUAAUACUGGCCAACCAAAAAAAUAAUUUAGGACUCCUGAGUCCGAAAAUCACACCAGUUUCUUUGAAGUGGCUCUAGUUUUUGAGAUACCAAUAUUUGUUAACGUUAAUUGAUAAUGAAUGCGCUUUGACGGUUUAGGAAAUGUACGUUGGUGGUUAUUAAAAGUAGUGUUUGGGCUUUGGCGUCAGCCGUUUUUGCAUUCGUUCACUGUUAAUAGUGCCCAAUUUUCAGAAUGUUUGCUUGAUUUCCUCAUGAAAGACAAUUUGCAUGGCGAGGGCUCGCUGCGAAAACGAGUGAAUCCAAAAUGACAGAUUACUGUACGGGCAUGCUUGAAAGUUGAAGCAUAAAGAGAAUACCAGUGCCGUAACUUGCACAUGAUUAGCACUUUGCUACAACAAAAAUAUGCAAUUCCUCCAAAAUUAGAGCCAGCUUGGGAAAAAAAAAAAAAAAAACGAGGUAAUUUCCAGAUUCAGUGACAUCAAAAUACAAGAAAACUGUUCAAACUUUCUUGGCACCAAAAUGUAUGUUGACCAGUGUAAUCAGUAUUAUUAUGAGAUCCGCCGCCCCCCCC